AUGUCCCUUCCAGAUUUGCCGCCGGAGCUAAUCUCCCACAUCCUCUCCUACGUCCCACCAUCUUGGCAUUGGGGUAACCUUGGCUGGGACAGUGAUCGCUGGCGCCGCACCGUUGCGAAGAAUGUGCGCUGGUUUCUGCGAUUGAGGCUUGUUUGUCGAACAUUCGAUGGCCUUGUCAUUGGCCUCGUCCUUGCGGAGCUCCGAGCGGGGAAUCUGCAUCGAAGCCUCCCGCUCAAGAGGGGCGCCGCGAGACGAUCCACGAUCGCGUUUGUGGAGCGAUUGCUUUGGGCGUUGGUUAUUCGAACUGCCGCUGCGCCUCCUAUGUCACACGAGAAUGAAAGGUCCAUUGCUCGAACGAUUGUCGAUGGCGCAGCGUUGAGUGCGGAUUUCCUCACAUGCUCAAGGGAAUCGGAAACGCGGCAAAAUGGCAGCAAUGCCGUAGAUGAGGAGGACGAGGAAGCAAACAAAUUACGAGAUGUCUACACAGGAGCGCUGAUUUCAAGCCUUACCAUUAUACUCGGUCCGAACCUCGUUCUCGACAUCCUAGAACCGGGUCAGGACCACGGCAUCGAUAUGUUCAGCCCGCUCAAUGGCGACGAACAGCAAUGGCGCAUCACCGCACUCAUGGGCGCUGCAUAUCUUGGUCGAGUAUCUGACCUCAAGCGCAUUCUCUCGUUGGAAAUCGACAUCAACUUCGAUCCGAGCGAUCGCUGGCUAUACCUGCCCGUCAUGGCCGCCGCGGUAGCAGGACGCGUGGAUGUGCUCGAGUUUCUCGCAUUCCAAGGAGCUGAUUUGCACGCGCUUACGGUCGGGAAUGGAGAUAAUGCGGUACAUUUCGCAGCUCUUGCUGGACAUACCGUCGCUGUCAAGAGGUUGAUCGACAAAAGAGUGGAUUGCGAUGUCGUAAACAAUGAAGGGGUGACACCACUGCACCGGGCUGCGUCUGCCGGACACGCAGGUGUCGUGAGGGCCUUGUUUACUGCUAAGCCAGAGGGUCUGCGAACCGAGAUCAAGGACUCGCUGGGUCGCGCGGCUAUACACUAUGCGGUCGAGCGAGGCUACGAAGAUGUCGUGCACGCGUUCCUCUCGCGCAAGGACACAGAUAUGGAGAUCCAAGACGCAGCCCUUGUAAACCCGGUGCUGGGGCGCGUUGUCACCCCACUACUCCUGGCCGCUUUGGCAGGGCGAGGUGGAAUAUUUCAUGCCAUAUUGGCUCGUUGUGGUAUGCCUGACCCUGAGACUAUCCCCCGGCGCACGAUGUGUCGUGUCGCCAUUAGAGGCAGUAGCCUGGCCAUCACCAAGACGGUCAUGAAAAGGGAAUCGAAAGUGUAUCCGGACGAGGACAGGAACUGGCUACUCGCUGGCGAAACUCUUUGUUGCGCUGCGGAUUUGGCGAGCGACGAUGUCUUUCGGUACCUCCUCUCCUUCGAAGAUGCCGAGAUACACCACGUGCCCUGGAAGUCUGGACAGCCCCCAGAGCCGACCGUGCUGCGCGCUGCAAUCAGCUCGAACAAGGUCGGGCACGUGCAAGCUAUCCUCGACCAUCCACGCUUUGACGCAGUGCGCAUCUUCUCCCCGGACACACCCAAACGUUCACCGCUACAUUACCCAACGCACCCAGAUGGCCUCGACCCAGCUAUCAUGGAAGCGCUCCUGGCGCACCCGGCCUUUGAUGUAAAUGUACAAGACGAGUUUGGACGAACCCCUUUGCACCACGCCGCGUUAACCGGCCAGAUCGAAUUGGUGAAGCUCCUCCUUGCGCACCCCGGGGUCGACAUUAAGCGGGUCGAUGCGCAGGGGAAAACGCCGCUCUGUGAGGCCGCGGAGAGGGGUCAUGUAGCUGUCGCAAGGGUAUUCCUUGAGAUGGCGGGACCAGUAGCUUGGGAUGUGACACCAACUGAUAAGUCACCGCUAGCGUUUGCUGUAUCUGGGGCAAAGGUCGACAUGGUGCGGGUGUUGCUCGAGCCGCAAUAUCGGAUUCCGCGGGACGUGGUACUUCUUGAGAAGGGCAAGGCUGAGAAAAUCAUCACACAAAACAAGGCUGAUUUGGCAGAGUGGCAGAGAGGGGUGUGGGACGAGAAGGCGGAUUGGUGGUUUGGGAAUGAGGAGCUUCGGGAGGUGCUCCUUGAGAGUGUUGAGCUUGGGGCUGUUCUCCUGCAUGAGAUGAUAAGCAGUAUGUCGAUGAGACUGGAGGAGGAAAAGGAAAACGAGCAAUGA